AUCUGUUGAGGUUUAUUCCUUCAACCCCCGGGUCCAACACGUAAGCCCAAGGAUUUCGAAUGGAGUGUGUGUGAAUAAACUAGCCCAACAAGCAGAUAAUAGGGGUCAAGAAACAGUAAGGUAGCAAGUCUUCCCCCAACCCAGGAACAGAUGAAUCACGAGAAGCUCCUCAAGAAUCGGAAGGGAAAGGGUGCCGUGGCCGAUGCUGCCCUUGCCAAGGCCAAGACCGUUCAAACAGCAGACUCCAAUUCCUCCGCCUCACAGGCCGACCGUCGCACGGUGGAGGCGGAACAGCACCUCAUUGCCACGGUGAUGGCACAGGGGUCCCAGGCCUCAAACCUUAAUCCUGGUGCUCCCGCAGUUGUGGCGCCUCUGCAGGCCGUCCAUCCCCAUGAGGGGGAGAAAGCGAAGGAUAAGAAGCCCAAAAGGCCCCGGGGGACUGGCUCUUCGGCCCCCGAAGGGCAAGAGUUGACCCUCCCCUCUCUCGGACGUCUGGCGCAUGACGUUUGGCAGGAGAUUGCUUCCCUGGCCGGCGUGGAGAUGCCUCCCCGGACGUCUUCAGAGGCUUCCAAUGCGGCCCUGGCCGCCGCUCUUCAAGUCGGGCUCUCCGUUCUGCAAUCAGAAGCCGCCCGGGACGCCGAGGCCCUUCAGGCGAAGAACAAGGCGGACGCGGCCUUAAAGAAGGCGAGGGAGACCGCGCGUCUCCAGGAGAAGGAGAUGGCGGCCAAGGAUAAGGAACUGCAGGCUGCUCUGAAGGCAUCUCGCGAGGCUUCCGCGAAGAUCGCAGUUCUGGAGAAGGCCGGAUUCAAGCUCGUCCCGGCUCUCCCCGCCCCCAAGGAUGAGGCCCCCGAAUGGCUCGUCGACGACUCUGGGUAUCAUAACUCUGGAGCCUUUAUGAUUGCCGCCCAGAGGUACCUCGGGGGCGCUUUUGGCGAUGUAUUCGCCGCCGAGCUGCAGAGGCAUGCGCCGAAGGACCGGCUCAAGUUCGGGGUCCGAGUCCUGGAGAGUGCGCCCCUGGCCGAGAAGUUCUUAUAUGAUGUUGGGGACAGCUCCUUUGUCAUCGGCUUCAACGAGGGGGUAAAAGCCACACUGCCGGUCUUCGCCGCUCUUCAGGGCCCCGGAUUCGAUCUGGCCCAGCACACCACGGACCCGGAGUUGAUACGAGCAGUGGGCAAGCUGGAGAGGGACGCCCGGCGGGAAGAAGCUAAAGCUAGGGGUGAGGUCCCGGAGCCUCCGACCCCCGAGCCUGAGCCCGAGCCCGAAGAUGAAGAAGAACCCAUCCCCGGGGGGUCCCGGCCCGUUUCCCCGAAUUUUGUUUAAUGUAGCUUGUCAUUUCUUCGUUUUGACUCUGUACUUAUCCGGCCAGUAGAGCCGAGGAAUACACAACUCCUUUUGCCUCUUCAUUGUCUCUACGUUCAUGA